AUGGCUCGUGCGAGAGGGCCACGCCAGCUCGUGCUGCUAACUGGGGAUCCGAAGUGGGCUCAACAUGUGACCAGCCAAAUUCUCAAAUCGUGGAAGACUGUGCAUAGUAACUUCCGCAUUCUUAGAGCAGAUUUUCGUGAUCCCCCGCAGAGGGCGUGGAUGGGACAAGAGCUUGAUGCGGUAGUACUGUCGGCGCAUCGUCGCAGAUUUCUAGAUGCUUUUGGAGCUGUGUCUGGAGCUCUGAAGGGGGGUGGAGUUCUGAUUUUUCAGACUCCCCCUUUUCAGCAGUGGCGAGCUGAGCGAAUCGGGUCCAGAUGGUGCAGGUUGUUGGAGCAGCUUGAGGUCGGUGAAGGCCAAGUCCGCACCUUUCACCAGAGCCAGGAGACGGACUUAGAAAUCUCGACAAUAGCAGACAUGCUGCCGCAUGGACAGUCUCUGCAUCAGGAAUCAGCACAGCUCCGGCCUAGCGAGGAGCAGCGUGAGCUGAUUGAGAUAAUUCUGGGAAUAAAAACCUCCAGACCCUUGCUGGUGUCGGGAAGACGUGGCCGUGGUAAAUCUGCAACUCUUGGAAUGGCUGCUGCGGUGCUGCUGCAAAGAACAGGUGGCCGCAUUCUCGUGACAUCUCCAAGUAGCGACGCAUCUUCUCAGCUCUUCUGGGCCGCUGGACGCUUUCUCGGAACUACUGGCGCAUCCGAUAAACGGCAAAAACUCCUCUAUGGCAAGAAAGGAAGCCUCGAGUUUAUUGCUCCAGAACGCCUUGCCGAAUUAAGCCGAACGGAAUUGAAAGAGGCCUUCCUCAUAAUCGAUGAGGCUGCGGGAUUUCCCGUCAAUUUCACUGCCCGCAUGCUCCACCGAGCUACGAAGGCAGUGGCAACGGUUUCAUGGUUCGAGCAUUACCGCAGCUUCGAGCAGCGCGCGCGGGUUUACAGACUCGUGAACUACGAACUUCUUGGCGCUGGGCUCGUGGAUGUCCGCUGGAGGCAUUGGCAGUGCUUGCGGCGGUUGGGAGCCCCGGUUAGAGCACUUAACUGCUAUCCAUUCCAUCCUAUCGUUGUGAGUGCAGUGCAGGUCCUUUCCAGGGCAGCUUUACUCCUGGAUGCAGUCCCCGCAGCAGUGAGCCCUACCACAGCAGAAACGAUCGCUCGGUCGGCUGUGCUGGAGGCCAUCGAUCGGGGUGCCAUUGUUGAGGACGAUGAUCGACUGAAAGAGAUUUAUGGUCUCCUACGAGUAGGCCACUACAAAACAAAACCUUCUGACUUGGAGACUUUCCUUGAUGCGACAGGUGUUAUAUGGCUUGCUCUGCGAUAUAAGAACAAGUAUUAUGGCAUCACCAUCUCUGGCACAGAGGAACCCGUGCUGGAGGAAGAAAGGGCACAGCAGCUCUGGCUGGCACGAUGCCAAGUGGCCGCAAACCUAACUGCACAGACUCUAACAAGGGAUGCUGGCAUGCUGGAAGCCUCCAAGCUGCGUUUCGUGCGUGUCAUGAGAUGGUGUCUGCAUCCGAACUUGCGUGGCUACGGGCUGGGUGAGCGCUUACUCGUGGAAAGUCUCAAUCGUCUGAUGUCCCUUUCCGUGGAUGCUGUCGCGGCGCAUUUCGGAGCAACAUCCUGGCUUAUCAAGCUAUGGCUUCGACAGGGGGCACGGGUGGUUCAUGUGAGCCACGGCUGCGAUCCAAGCAGCGGACAGCACAGCGUAAGUGUUUUGAUCCCGCUGACGGAGAGAGGGAGACAAAGCUGUGAGAUCUUGGAGAGGAAGUUGCAAGAAGAGCUUCCAGAGCUGCUGUCAGGGCCCCUAGCCGAUCUGGCUGGCGAUGCCCUGAAAGAGCUCUUGAAAGCGAUCGAAUGCCCGAAGGCUUCCUUGCAGGACCAACUCGACUCGUGGAGCUUCGCGUUCGGAGCCCGUAGUCUCUCCAACUGCAAGAUUGCACUGCGCCGUGUGGUCUUGCAGGCGCUGAAAGAGACCGGGGAGGAGUUCUCCGCCUUCUCGCAGAGCAGCAAGAAGAAGGAGAAGAAGGAGGAAGUGAAGAGCUCGAGCUCGGAGGGGAAGCUCUUCUUCGACCUUUUGCAGGGACGGCCCAUCCUAAGUGAGAUGCAGCUGCGCCAAGCCCUGCGGCGUUUGCCGAUGAUCAGAGAUCUGCGUCCGUGCAGCCAAAACCAAGAGAGCUCCGAAGCACCUCUGCGCAACAUCGCGGCACAGACAGUGUCAGGGUUCAAGUUCAAAGCAUGUCAUGGUGAGUUUUCCCAUUCUUACGGCGAUGUGGCAGGCACUGUUGCCUCGGCCGGGUGGAACGCUUUGCCGCACAGCUGGGUCAGGGUGUACGAGAAGACAGCCGCCAGCGUGGUCUUCACCCCAAAAACGGCGUGCCCUCCCUGUCCUGCAUGGCCACCGCCGGAGCCAUUGAUCCAGAAUGGUGGGGCCGUGGGCAUAGUCAGCUCAAACCUGCCGUGGUCUUUCCUUGAUUUGACAGCUCCGAUCAGGUCGCAGAUCUUUUUCAACUUGGUGGGCGACCUCCUCUGCUACAGUGGAGCCAACGAGGUGAACUUGCAGUUGAGCAUUGUCCGAUCAGCCUGCAGAGAACUUCGUGAUCAGGUGGAUGAGGAGUGCUUGACAUUCAACUAUGAUGAUACCUGUGGUCUUGGUAAUGGGCCGAGCCGUGAUCGUGACGAAAUUCUGGCCCUCAACACCUGGAUCAAGAGACACCCGCGACUCAAAUACUUCGAGUGCCUUGUUCGGAGUGCCGCCAAAUUCAGAAUCCUGCUGGAGGAGCUGCAACUGCCGCCUCGGACCCGAUGCAGCUUCGUGUUCGAGUUCAAGGUCACUGGCCACGAAGUUGAACAACUCUUGCAGCGCUUUUGUGUUCGGCGAUUGUCGCUCAUGCCGCAGGAAGACAAGGAUGGAGCUGGCCAGGCGCAGCGCAGCUGGAAAGCCUUCCCCGAGUCUGGCCUCCAGGUGCUGUGUUUGCGAAGUUGUUCGGACGAAAUCAUCCAGUCGCUAUUUGCCGUAAGCCCUCGAUUACGGAGUCUUCAAUUGGUCGACAGCAGAUUGCAAAGCAUGCCCUUGGCGAUUUCGCAAAGAUUGAGCAGCCUCAGCUUGACCGGGAUCACGAGUUUGCCCGACGAGCAGUUGUCGAAGCUGAUCGCCAGCUGUCAAAACCUUCGGUCUCUGUACAUUGCCAAAUGCCAUGUUUCUCACAUUUCCUUUGCUCUGUCGAACUUGGAGCUUCUUUCCGUGACACACUGCCAGCAACUGACGGACCAGUGUGCUACUGAGAUCUUGUCUCCGGCGAACAACCCGCGUCUUCGUUUCGUGGACCUCUCGGAAUGUCAAAGUCUGACAGCUCCGACGGUAGAGCAUCCUCAGAUGGAGAUCGCAUGGCUGAUGCACUGCCCGCAACUCACCGGUGGUCGCGGCCAUGUUCCGGAGUUGUACAGCGCUGACCGCAGUAAACCUGAUUUUUCAGCGGCGGCCUUUUCAGCUCAACUCCGCACAGUCGCUGUGCGCAGUGGCUGUAGCGAAGGUGGACAUACCAUGGCUUGCUCGACUGUGUGGCUGGCUACUCUCAGCCUGUUCGUUCUGGCCGACACAAGCUUUGUGCCAUUUGCCGGAGUCGAGGAGCUGAAGCCGCAUCGUAUCCACGAGCACUGUGACGAGACCACCAUCAGCGAGGAUGGCUACCGGUGGUGUUCUCGAUCUUUCAGGAAGCGUCUUGAGGAUGGCGCCGAUGUGGAACUGAGUUGGUCAAUGCAUGUCAAUCCAGAUUCCAUCUUGUCCUUGGACACAGAGGCCGAACAUGGUGUCAGAAUGGUUCGGUGUUCUCCAGGUCAGUUGGAGAUGGACAUUCCGCAGACGCACCUGCAGCAUCUGGAAGUUGGCAAGUUCAUUGUCGGAUCCCACUAUGUCCAUGGUUGCGACCAUAUGAACGGCCAGAGCUUGUUCCACAAGAUUGCAAAGGUGCACAGCAAGCGCUUGUCUGAUGGUGCUGCACGAAUGUAUCGGUUUCAGUUGGCUGCGCAGAACUUGCCUCACAUGGGGCACGUCGCGCGACAUGUCUCCUUCAACUUCAGCUACAUGCCCGUUGAGGCGCGCGAGACUCACAAGAAGUAUCCUGAAAGACGUACGUUUUCUGAUCUGCCUCCAAACGAUCGCAGGCUGUUCGAGUUCCCGAAAAUCCCCGGGUUCACCCCUCCUACAUCUGGCAACUUUGCCGGGCAAGGCCAAACAUCCGGAAGCGUGAAGACUCAGAAUGGCAUCGUCAACUUCUCACCGCAGCAGGUCUCUAACUUCGGCUGGAACUGGGACUUCAAUUUGAACAAUUCACAGGAGCCUUCGUUUACCAUUGACCAGCCAGACACGAAGGGCCAGUUUGUUCUGAAAAAUCCGUACAUCCAGGCACACGCUGGAUGCUUCCUCAACUUCACCUCGCAGUACGUAGGCUUCAUGAAGCCCCCUCACGUCAAAUGGCAAGCUGGCCUUAGGGGGCAUGGCAUCGUCCAGGGCCGUUUGGAAGCUGCGAUGAACUCUACACGCUCAGCGGACUUGGAAGCAUCAUCAUACAAGUUGCCGGCAGAAGUUCUGGAAAAUUUUCCGUUCCUGCGGCUGUUGGCGAAGUUCGAUAAAGUGAAAUGGUUUGCUCCAAUGGAGCACGGCGUGGGCAAUCUGCCCGCGAAGAUCACGCCCGGGUUCCAAUUCCAGGUUGAAUUCUACCACAAGGGCCCCUUCAGCGGAUUUCUGUCUUUUGGUGGCAGCACCCACGGCAUCAUGGAGCCAGUGCUGCACUACGAUUCAGAGAAGGGCUUUGAUCAGACUCUGAAAGGGUUGCUCCGCGACACCGAUGUGUGGCCGCCUAUGUACAAGGUUUUCACAGAGGCCUUCGAGAUGGGCAUCAAAUGCCAGCCCAAACUUUGGAUAAGGGGCGAUUUUGCGGGCUUCGAAAAUGCGGAAGCAUGCUUCCACAUCAACGUGUUCCAGAAUGUGACGGUCUAUCACGACGGUGCAGCUCACUUUGACGUGGAUGCGAACAAGGCUCUCGUGAUUUAUCCGUUUCGGGUAGUUGGGCCGGCGACCGUAAACUUCGACACCAGGUACAAGGUUCAAAUCAGUUGCCUGGGCAAGGAAGUGGUGUCUGAUGCGGCGAUCAGCUGGGGAGAGGUCGAGUUUCAUGACCCUGUCUCAAAGUUCAUCUUCGGCAAUGCGACAGAUGCUGAAGUCAUGAAUGCGGUGGUCAAAGUGACACUUAUUCAGGUACAUGGCAGCGAGCCGACCAGCCCGGUGACGACAAUGGGUUCGUGCACAUUCUCAAUCACCAGCUGGACGCAAGAAGGUUUAACCGAUCCUGAUCCGCGAUGGUGCAACAUACAGAAUGAUGCUGGCACAUCGGUAGGAAAUGUGCAGGUGUAUGUCGUGCACAAGGCCAAACCGGAGGUGUACUUGGCUUCUAGAAUUAAGGGCAUUGGCAUGUCCUUUCCGCGCAUCACACUGCAGCCUGCAGCCAUUUGCAGCACUUUUCCACAGUUGCCCGCCAACUGCCCGCUCGCCCUGCAUCUGACGAUGGGCAACCGUCGCUACAGCGCCGGCAUCCAAAAGACGUUCAGCUGCUCGGAGACGACUCUGCCGCUGGAUGUGGAAGGCAACAACGCGAUCGACUUUUAUCCUUCUUUUGUGGAUGCAUGGACGCAAUGCGCACCAACCAUGGAGUUCUGCAUCUCCCCAGCGCUGGAGCUUGUUUGCGGUGGCGUGUCCCUGGGCAAAGCUAGCUUGCCGUCCUUCGGGGUGCCACAAACUCCGCAGCCGAACUUCCUCGGGGCGCUGAUUGGAGCGCAAACCACUACCCCGGCUCCGACCGCCGAGCAAACCCUCCAGCCUCCUCAGGUGACGCUGACCCCUCCCACUGCGACAAUUCAGUUCAAGGUGGCCGAGACUCCGCCUACCUCGUCCAACAUGUUCUUGCAGCCGGCCAUGGGUUCGGAGGUUGGCAUGAUGUCUCAGACGACGUUUAUUUGGACAGUUGCCGACACGCCUGCGAAUGAGGUGAAGUCGUUCGACCUGGUUCCUCUGCUGAUGGUCGACGAGUCAUCUCAGCUGCUUCAGGGCCAGGAGCUGCAUACCUUGCGGAAAGUGGCUGACAAGUAUUUGCUUCCAGUAGCUUCCGCGAAGGAGACGAUCACGGUCAAGUGUGAGCAGAGAUCGGUUGGCAGCAUUGCGGCCGAAACAUUACCAUGCACCUUUGCUGCAGCCCUCGGCUUCAACACACCGACGUUCAGCACCGGAGAGAUGGUCGUACUGCUGGUUCAAUGGUCCGACGGCGGUCUCACACACAAGAUCUUUUCACCUGCAGUCCAGAUUGGAAUGGCCCGCAGGCGCCUGCAAGCCGGAUCAGGACCUCCUGUGGCACUGCCGCAGCAGGCAGCGGCGGGGUUGGCAAACACUACCAACGUGAACGGCACGCAGCCGGCGGUGGAUUGUUCACACGAGGAUUUAAAGUUCAACUUUGGGCAGGGCAUGGAGUUCAGGGUGGAGGUUAUGAGCAUGGGCGUCCCAAAGGAUUUCCCCGAAAUGUACACCAACCCCAACGCCGGCCCACUGUAUGCAAGUCCUUGGGCUGCGAUGGAGGGCACAGCCCCUGCCAUGGCAGCGGAGGACUUUUUACCAGAUGGAGCUUGCGACAUGGGCUUCUGCGACACUCAGCUGCCUGGCUGUGGUCAGAACGGCUUCAAGAAGCUGCACUUCCCGAAGCUAGUUUUCAACUUCAGCAGGGCCUUCCAUUUUUCCGCAAACGAGACGACGCAGCAGCAGCACAACAUGAUGAAGGAAGCUAUGGCAUGGGCUUUCUCGGCGAUGCCCGAGGCUGUCACCGUCAUGCUCCAGGAGCUGGAAGCACAAGAGAAGGAGAAAAAGAAGCAGACGGCCGUUCCGAAUUAUGGCUUCGGCAACUACGGGAACGCUGGUCCGGUCAAUCAGGGUGCUGGUCAGCCGGGCCAGCCAAACUGGUUCAGUGCACCCUCGCAGACCAGUGCGAUUGCCAACACCCAGCAGAUGCCGAGCGCUUUUGGAAAAUGGUGGAACACUCAAAGAAGGUUGCGAGAGCGACCACAACGUGGCAUCGACCAAGACGGAAACGCGGUGGACAUGCCAACGAAGCUGCUUUCGCACCAGGUUCAGGUGGAGUUCAGCGAGGGACUUCCCUAUGCCGUCAGCCAUGAGCUGUUAAGCAGGAUGGUGCGUGGGCGCAUGUUCCAAGUUGAUGAUGGCUCGAACAACAAGCUGGGCAAGCUGCAGAUUACCGGGUUUUACCUUCAAGACAUGGGUACCGGAAGCAUACCUCCGCGCGAUGGUGCAACACCUCCAUUCGCAGGCGGCUCCCCUGCCAUGUAUGGUCUUAUUGUAUUUGUAAUGGUGGCUCUCGGUACUGCGACGGCGGUACUUCUCGCUCUUCGUGGAAAGAGCUCGAGCGGCUAUCUGCUCCAGACCGCUGACGAAGAAGGUCUGGAAUAA